AUGACUCUCAUUUGCCCGCCUCUAUUGAACCAAGGGACCGAAUUAUCAGACGAUCCUCGCGAGUCCUACGGGGAGUGGGCUGCGCAAAUGCUUGUGAUCUUGGGAGGCGCAAUCUGCUGUCCGGCUUGCUGGCCUUCGCGGGUAUUUGCCCAAGUCAACGACAAGGCUUUCAACCUGGCGACUCUCGGCGUCACCAUCUCCCCUUUCCAGCAAUAUCCCAGGUCCCCUCCCAACUCUGGAUACUUUCAGCACUCGUGGAGCUAUCAGUCUCGCCCGACGAGUCCGACCUCGACCCCAGGACCUCAGGAUCGGUGGAGGAGGGAAGGCGGAGGAGAGCCGCAGGAGGGACAUCCAUGGUCGCGACAAGGGGACCAGCCGCACGAGGAGGCUCAUAACAAGUACAUGUCACCAUCCCCCCCUCCGACAGAACAUCCGUCUAUCACCACUCCCACCACCGUUGGAGGACGCAUCCCGCAAUCUCACCCGUCCGGUGGCAGCGCAGAAUCCUCGAGACCAAGCACGGCGAGCGUUGUUCGAAUAGAGCCGUAUGGCGGCUACGGGGGCAUCGCGCCAGGGCGGAUUGUGACGGAAGUGGGUUUGGGAAUAUCUUCUCGUCGACAUUCGGCCGAGUCCAGUGUCCAGACCCCCUCCCGAGCAUUUGGUGUGCACAGCAUUCUGAACCCUCCAUUCGAGCCCGAAGACACCACCUCUCCAGAUGUCAGACCCCGGGCCGCCCAUCCCGCCAUGGACCUCAGCCAUAGCCUGAUCCCGGCGCCGGCCGAGUCUCCGCGCAGUCGAAAGCGUACCGAACCCAGGUCUCCCCCUCGGGAGUUCGAGCAGGGCUCCGGACGCCUGGGCAGGCGUGUCCUCACCCCGAAGUCGCCGGGAUUGAGGGCAGCAAGUUUGGGAGCGAGAAGGAAUCCCGCCUUUCAAUCUACGAUCCGGCCACUACAACCCCCACCAGGCACCGGCAGCCGCCUUUAUACCGCCGAGCCGGGUCAUUAUCAGACAGCUGAGAUUCCGCCUCUCCCUCCUCUGGCGCUUGCGACCGGUGCACAUCUGGGUGGCAUGAUCCCACCCGAACCAGGACAACCUCGCUCGGCGCACGUCCAGGAAAGCCCGGUCCCCCGGGGAGUUGAGCCCGCUAUAACUUCCCAAGCCGAGCGGUCUUCGACAGGACAGCCUCCAUAUAGCAAAAUCGACUAUCCGUCGCCGCGCUUUCGAUAUGGAAUCCCCAAACCGCCGCCUGCUCAGCCACCCGCUCCAUUCAGGGCGAUCUCCGCUGGGGGUGGAGGUUUGUACAUUCAUGAGACUCCGGGACAUCACGGGCCGCACGAGGGCUACCAGCAAGGUCCUGCUUCGUAUCAGAUGACUCUUGACACUGAUCAGGGCCCGCUGAACAUCCCCGUGGAAUUGGACCUGCAACAGGCAUCAAAGGUGGCGGACGAGAAGAGGAAGCGCAAUGCCGGGGCAUCAGCACGCUUCCGUGCACGCAGGAAGGAGAAGGAGAAGGAAGCCUCGCAGACGAUCGCAGGACUCCAGCAGGAGCUGAGGGAUCUCAUCGAAGAACGGGACCACUAUUUGUCGGAGAGGAACUAUUUUCGUGAUUUGGCCCUGAGGUACGUUUCGGGGGCACAGCUGUUACCACGACCGGAAUCUCCUCAACAGCGGAGGAUGGCAGCGGCGAGCGCAGGAGGUCCACACGCACCCAGUGGCCUGUUGGAAACUCCCACCGUGUCCGACGACUCCUCGCGUGAACGCACCGACCCUGGCCCAUCGACGCAACGUCGUCGAACCGGUGACUACCAGCCGAGCUUUACCGGACGACAGACACACUCACCACCUCCCCUGGGCUACGGCACAGGACUAUCCUUACAGCCUCCUCCACCGCUCCCUCCCCCUCCUAUACCGAGCAUGUUCGCCACAUCCCGAACGUUUCCCCCGGGCCCUCCGCCGCCUCCUCCCGUCACCAGAUCCCAGUCUCACGACCCUUUUCGCCGAGAUCUGUUUGACCGGGGCUGGAAUUCUGGCCGGUGA